UCAAUUUUUUUUUUCAAGAAGAUCUCUGCUUAGAAGAUUUUACAAAUAUUUGAUUGUUUCCCUAAAAAGAACUUGAGAAUUUUGUUGUUAAACUAUUAUUUCAUGAGAUGUUCUCAAAUAUUACGAGAUUAUAAUAGGGAUUAUGUUGAUUAAACCCAUCGUCUUAUGAUGCUUUUGUUGAAAAAUCCUUAGAUUCAAAAAAAUUGUUAGGCAUGAUCUGUUAUAUAUAAAUCAUGAUUUAACUCAAUUGUUUUGCUUUGAUGAUUCUAGGAUGCAUCCAAAUUUACGAUUGAUGAAAACUAUUAUACAUUAAUGCCGAUUUUAUUCGAUUUUUUUUUGUCACACAGGGACCUUGUAACGUAUGUGGGGUUAUCGGCUUUGAGGAUUUCAUUAUGACUUGUUUCAGAUGCAGAGAAGUCAGAGAACACAUUUAUUGCGCAGCAGUCUGUUUACGAUCUGUCCCCGAUAUGUGGUUAUGUCAAGAGUGCAGAUCCUCAACUCGCGUAUUACAGAUAUCGGAUCAUGUGAACAACUCAACUAAUAGCGGUAGGAAAGAGAUUUCUACGCCGGUUCUUCAUCAUAAUACUUCGAAUGGCGGCUUGAGACUUCAUCCGCCUCCUCAUGGACUUAUGUUGCUGGCACAAUCAUGUCCUAAUAAAGCUUCUUUGGUGUCCAAUGAUACAUCUCCAAUCAAGAAACGGCGACCACAAUUUUUGGCUUUUCCUUCUCCGAAAAGAAAACGUAGGACGCUUCGGCUUGCAGAAGAAGAUAUUGAAGAAACUAAACGUCAAAGACCUCAAAGUUCACAUCCUUGUGUAUUUCAUCAAAUUGAUUAAGACAUUUGUGUUAACUUCUCCUGAGCCUCUUUGCUUGAGUUUCUUAAGUGAGUGCAUCUGUAACUAUGAUUAUUAGGGCUUCAUUUUACUUGGAUAUCAAGUUAUUUAUAAGCUAUGUAAGAUUGGACUUUGCUGACAUAUGUGACUUGCUCACAUUGACAUUCCUUCUUUCUUAGUUUGUAUCCUGUCUAUAAAUCAUUGUUAUGAUAUCCCUCAUAUUUUCUAUGUUUAAUGCAGAAAAUUUGUAUUUAGUUUAGCAUUUUUUAUUGGUGAGCUCCCGUAUGAUGUGUAGAAUCUGUUGAUUUGCCAAAGAAAAUGAUGAUUUGAUUUGCUACGAAUUAAACAAUCAAUACAUGUUCCCAGCAUUUGAAUUUUUCUGGAUUUAAUAUUUUUCACUUUAAAUGAUAUAAUCUGAUUCUGAAUUUUAAAUUAUCCCGCGAUUUUUAAGAUGACCGUUAUAAGUUGACAUUUUCAUAUUUGGCUAUAAAAACAAGACACAUAAAUUUUUGAUUUUAAACUUUGAAUUUUGCGGGAUUUAAAAAUGUAUUUUUACGUUAAGUAACGAAAUCUAAUUUAACUA